AUGAUAAAAGUCAUGUAUCAGCAAGAAAACAAGCUACUCAAUCAUGAAGGGAGAUCCCAACGGGAGAAUUUAAGGAUAUACAAUGUUCCCGAAGGAGCCGAGGGAUCAUCUAUGGUGGAGUUUGUGGGAAAACUAUUACGGGACACGUUGGCGAUACCCCCAACUGAGGAGCUUGACAUCGAGAGGGCGCACUGCGCGCUGGCACCAAGACCUGCCAGAGACAGGGAAGAUAAGCCGCGGUCAAUAAUAGUCAAAUUCCUCCACUACAAGAUUAAAGAAGAGAUUCUGCGCAAGGCCUGGGGAAAGAAGAAGGAUGUCCUCUUGGGUUCCUGGGAUAGACGCCAGGUGCACUGUGACCCUGAACAGGAUAAAGUGCUUAUUGAAUUGUGUGUGUUUGGUGAUGGUGUGUUUGGAUGGAGGGUGGAGAAGAUGGAGGCUGUGCAGCUGGACAGCAGGCAGUUGGGCGUGUUUUACACUGGAGACUCGUACAUCAUCCUGAACAAACAUUGUGAGAAGGCGGAGCUACACAUGUGGAUGGGGGAGGAGUCAUCACAGGAUGAGCAGUGUGCCUGUGCUAUGUUGGCCACUCAGCUGGACCAGUACCUCGGGGGGGACGCUGUCCAGCGUAGACAGGAGCAGGGACACGAGACGGAAGAGUUCAUGCAGCUCUUCCCCAAUGGAGUGAGCUAUAAGAGGGGGGGUGUAGAGUCUGGGUUCAGGCGGGUGCAGACGCAGUGUGUUUCGGUGCAACGUCUUUAUCAGAUUAAGGGAAAGAGAAACAUCUGUGUGAGAGAGGUGGAGCUCAACUGGAGGAGCUUCAACACCGGAGACUGCUUCAUCCUCGAUCUGGGACAGCUCAUUAUCUCAUGGAGUGGCUGUAAGUCAAGUGUAUUUGAGAAACAGAAGCUUUGUCAGAUCGCCGCUUUAAUCAGAGACACGGAGAGAAAUGGCAAAGCUCACAUAUAUGAUGUCACACAGGGGGAGGAGCCACUAGAGAUGGUCCAGGUUCUUGGUCCAAUACCAGCAAUUAAAGAUUCGUUUGAAGAGGACAGUGAGGCAGACAGGACAAACUCCACCUCUCUCUACAAGGUGACUGAUGCGUUGGGCUGCAUGUCUGUCAAUCGGCUGGGUGAUAAAGCGCCGUUCGAUCAGAAACUGCUGCAGAGAGAUGAUUGCUUCAUCCUUGACAAUGGAGCCAAUGGCAAGAUCUUCAUCUGGAAAGGUGGUGGUGCCAAUAUGGAGAAGCGAGCAGCGCUGCAAAUAGCAGAUGAGUUUAUUGUGAGAAUGGGUUACUGCAGAGCUACAACUCAGGUGGAGAUUUUUCCUCAAGGUCGUGAAUCUGUUCUUUUCAAACAGUUCUUCAAAAGCUGGGGUUAA